AUGGCUGUGUCAGAGCGUUUGAGAACAACAGCCGAAGAUAAAUCUAUGGCAAAAGCAAUUCAAGAUCCAGUUAGGGAUUCCGGAAUGGGUACAAGGAGUGCCAGUGGCAGCAGCACUAACAACAAUAAUAAGAGUUGGCCAGACGUAAGUACUGCUGGCGAGGAACCAGAUUUAGAGCAGGUCCCAGAAGAAAAUGAUUCCACUGAUAGGAAUGGAGAUUGGGAUAAUUGUGAGGCGGGUGCUGCGAAGAAGAGGAAAGCGCAGCCAUUGAAAAAUCCGAAGAAAUCCUUGAAAAGAGGUAAGGUUCCGGCGCCAUUGAAUCUUUCGGAAAGUAACAUGAACACACAUACUGGUAAUUCUAAAGAUGACAACCCUGCCUUGUCAAACCUUGCACCUUUAUCUACAGUUACUAACCAGAGCGUGAAAAGCGCGCCCGCGCAAGUUACACAGCAUUCAAAGUUCCAGCCUCGUGUUCAAUACUUGGGAAAGGCCAGUUCUAGACAAUCUAUACAGGUCAAUAAUACUAGCAACAGUUACGGAAAGGUGUCGAUGCCCUCAGCGGGUGUUAUGACUGCGUUGAAUCCGUACAUGCCCAUGAACCGCUACAUAAUGUCACCGUACUACAAUCCGUACGGUAUUCCUCCACCUCACAUGCUGAACAAGCCCAUAAUGACGCCCUACGGCUCAUAUCCAUAUCCAAUGGGCCCGCGAACCUCUAUCCCUUUUGCCAUGCAAGGCGGCAAUACUAGACCCUAUGAAGAGAACGAAUACGCUGGCAGUGGCUACAGAAACAAGAGAAUGAACGAUUCUUCCGAUUCGCCCUUGAGUGGUACCGCUUCCAGUGGAAAAACCAGAAGAUCCGAGGAGGGCUCGAGAAAUUCUAGUGCAGGUUCAAGUGCGAAUGCCAGCCCCAUGCAACAGCGCCCAGACUUGUGUGCAGCCGAUGUAGUUCCCACGGAGGAGUACCACUUUGAACGGGAUGUUGUACUCUCUGCCAACCCCAAAGCAAGAAGCGCAAGCACAAGCACAAGCACAAGCACAAGCAGAGACAGAGGUUCGUGGCAGGACGCAGAAACUAAUGAAGAUGAUGAGGAGGGUACGGACCUAGCCAUCGAGGAUGGAGCUGUCCCAACACCUACUUUUACUACGUUCCAGCGGACUUCGCAGCAGCAGCAGUCGCCUAGUCUUCUUCAUGGCGAAAUCCGGCUCUCAUCCCAUAUCUUCGCUUUUGAGUUUCCCCUGAGCUCUGGCAACGUCGACAAGAAAAUGUUUAUGAGCAUAUGCAACAAGGUAUGGAAUGAAUCAAAGGACCUGGCCAAAAAGUCAUCAUCACAUCAUAGAACGGGCAAGUAA